AUGAAUAUAUUUAGGUUUUUUGGAGAUGCGUCACAUUUUGUCGCUAUUAUAAUUCUACUUUUAAAAAUUUGGAAGACAAGGUCGUGUGCAGGAUUAUCAGGACGUAGUCAAAUUGCGUUCGCUCUGGUAUUCACCACUCGUUAUGUUGACCUUCUCACCACCUAUGUCUCAUUGUAUAAUUCUUUUGCUAAGAUAGUUUUUAUAGUUUCAUCCUACGCAACUUUGUACUUAAUCUAUUUCAAAUUUAAGCCUACAUAUGAUGGUAACCAUGAUACCUUUCGACUGGAGUUCCUACUUAUCCCAUGUGCUUUGUUAGCACUUAUUGUCAACCAUCGGUUUCAAUUCAUAGAGUUGUUGUGGACUUUCUCUAUAUAUUUAGAGUCCGUGGCUAUACUACCGCAACUGUUUCUCAUAAGCAAAACUGGCGAGGCUGAAACCAUCACAUCACACUACUUAUUUGCACUUGGCACAUAUCGUGGUUUGUAUAUCUUGAACUGGGUAUACCGGUAUUAUGUACAGAGUCAUUAUGACCUGAUAGCAAUUGUCGCUGGUGUGCUGCAGACACUCUUGUACUGUGAUUUCUUCUACUUGUAUAUAACUCGAGUAAUUAAAGGGAAAGCCUUCGCUCUGCCAGCAUAA